UUUAUGAGGUUCAACACAACUUAUUGGCAACUUAAUUGACCCAGUACCUGACGACAAUCAUUAUAAUGAUUAUGAGAGGGUAGAAUGUGAAUUCAAGUUGACAUAUCUGCCUGUGAGGUCAGCGUCACUGACCUUUUAUUUACUACAAAGAAAACAGGAAACUAAGUCAGGCACUUGCUCAGGAAUUUUGAUGUAGUCAGAAAACUGCUUAAACACAAAGCGAGUUACAUGUGCUGGAUUUUUCCUUUAUUGAAUGAGUAUUGUUCUCAGGUUUUGGUAUAUGAACAUCAGUGUAUAUUGUAACAGAAUACUUCAAAGUUAACAGGCAAUGGUGAUUUUUACCAGCCAUUUGUUCUUGAAAUUUUGAAGACAAAAAUGGAUGACAGGGAUUGUGAAACUGAUCAACUUAAAGGAUUAAGUCACAACGUACAGGGAGGUUUGUCUCACAGUUACUUAGAGAGUGGUGUCAGCAAAGAGCAUUGUCAUUUAGAAACUAAAUCUGAGGCAGACCUACACAGUCAACCAAGUGCUUUCUCACAGAACCAUCAUUCCAUGCAGUCACAUAAUGGAAUGUACAACAUGGAGUCAGGCUAUAGUCAAUACACAGCAGGCUUUUCCUCGGGGAACACAACAUUUACAUACCAACAGAAUGGGGGCACUCAUUUCUCACCAUGGCCAGCAAAGCCAACCGGGAACUGGGACCCAGCAAUGUCCCUUUGGGCUCGUGUUCAGCGCCUGGAGGGGGAUGUCAUAAAGAGGAUCCAGUCUCAGUAUGGCCAGCACUUCCCUAUUGAGGUCCGCCACUACUGUGCCCAGUGGCUGGAGGAGCAGCCAUGGAGUCAGAUUGAGGAGGACAACCCUGCCCAUGAAGUGUACGCCCACCAGGUACUAUCUCACUUGAUCAAGGCCAUCCAAAUACAGAUAGACGAGUUUCCUAGCAGCAAUGAAAGCUUCUUACAGAAGAUGGUGCUACAGGAUUCUGCAAACAAACUCCAGGCACUGUACACCACUUCUCCACUACUGCUGGUCAAGGCAAUCAAAAGCUGUUUGGCUCAAGAGGAAAGAUUUGUACACCAGGCUGAAAAUCCAGUGCAGAACCAGGACACGAUGAACGACCAGCUCCAAUCUACAGAGACCCACAAACAGAUUGAGGAAAUGAUUGACAGAUGUCAAGAGAAAACACAGGCAACAGAGGCUGAUCUGAAACAGGCGCAAAAUCUUCAAGAGUCGUUUGUAAUCCAGUACCAGAACCAGGUCAAGGUGAACGCACAGAUCCAGCAGGUGGAAAAACAGAACAAGGACCUAAAUCUAUAUACGAACGGGGCAGACGGCGGUCCGCUCGCAGAGAGCAUGACACCUCAGCAAUACCAACAGCUCAUUAAAAACAGUGGCCAAAUGGAGAAAAAUUUACGCAAACAGAAGGAGGACCUGGAACGUGACUUGCUCAGUAAAGCAGAGGAACUGCUUCAGUAUCGUCUGAUACUCGCUGAGAAGCAUCGUGUCACAUUUCUUGCACUUGAAGAGCUACAAAAGUUGGUUGUUGAUAAAGAACUCAUCGCAUGGAAACGCAAGCAGCAGUUGUCGGGCAAUGGGGUCAAAUUUGAUACACAGCUGCUGGACAUCCUUCAACAAUGGUGUGAAUCCCUGGCUGAGAUGAUCUGGAAGAACCGACAACAGGUCCUUGGUGUGGAGAUCCUCCGUCAAAAGCUUCCAAUAGAUAUCCCUGCUGGUACACCUGACCUUGUCCCAGAACUUAACCAGAAAAUCACUGGUCUUCUCUCCUCUCUAGUCACAAGCACAUUCAUUGUGGAAUCCCAGCCACCUCAAGUUCUGAAGAAAGAGUCACGAUUUACAGCAACCGUCCGCUUACUGGUGGGAGGUAAACUCAACAUCCACAUGUCACCACCCACUGUCAAAUCAUCUAUAAUCAGCGAACAACAAGCAAGAGCGUUGCUGAAGAACGACACCCACGCUAAGAGUGAUACAAGUGGUGAGAUCCUCAACAACAAUGGGACAAUGGAGUACCACCAGGCCAAGGGAGAGCUCAGCAUUACCUUCCGUAACAUGUCAUUGAAGAAGAUCAAACGAGCGGACAAGAAAGGCUCAGAAGCAGUAACGGAAGAGAAGUUCUGUGUGCUGUUCCAGUCAGAUUUCCAGAUUGGCAAUGGGGAGCUCAUGUUUCAGGUUUGGACACUGUCAUUGCCUGUCGUUGUGACUGUUCACGGUAACCAGGAAUGCAACGCUAUGGCAACUGCUCUGUGGGACAACCAAUUUGCUGAGCCGGGCCGCACCCCGUUCGCAGUUCCAGACUCUGUUCCGUGGUGUCAGGUGGCUGAACUACUCAAUGGAAAGUUCCAGGCCGCCACUGGUCGUGGGUUGACAGCAGAAAAUCUGUCCUACCUAGCCAUCAAAGCCUUUGGAGGUCAGAUCAAACCCGGGGAGGACUUCUCACAAAGACUAAUAUCGUGGUCGAUGUUCAACAAGGACGCUUUAUCCGCUCGUAACUUCACAUUCUGGGAGUGGUUCUACAACGUAAUGAAACUGACGGAGGAACACCUCAAACCUACGUGGAUGGACGGGUCAGUGAUUGGGUUUAUCAGCAAGAACUCUGCUCAAGAAUGGUUGAUGACCAAACCCAAUGGAACGUUCCUGCUGAGGUUCAGCGACUCUGAGACGGGUGGGAUCACAAUAGCAUGGGUAGCUGAUGAUCCUUCUAAAACAGGAGAGAGGUCUGUUUGGAACCUGGCUCCUUACGGCCGUAAAGAUUUCAUAAUUCGCAGCCUGUCUGAUCGAAUCAAGGACCUGGAUGCUCUUGUUACCCUCUAUCCAAACAUAUCUAAAUCACAAGCCUUUGGGAAAUACUACACAGCUGUAUCAGAAAAACAUAACGAAGUGAAGGAUGGAUAUGUACCGAGCACACUGGUGGCCAGAUUGCCCGACAGUCUAGCAAAUGCAGCACCGAUGGAUUACAACAAUCCCCAGACUCCUCAAGGCUCACAUCUCGGCCCGGACUCCCCCGUGUACGAUCCCAACAGUGUCGGCAUGGCUCAGAAUCACCUACAACCAAUCGAUGAGGACAUGGAUGAUUCCGGUGCAUUUGAUCCGUCGCUGUUGCUGUCGGCAACAAUGACUGACUAUAGUCCUGAUGAUAUCAACGACAUCAGUGACAUAAACAUUGCGGAGUUCCUCAAAUCUAUGUCACAGAAAAAGUGAAUGGUUUGACUACAAAUUAUACAUGGAUCUGCUGGUUGGAGGAAAUAUGUAGAAUACUUUUUACAACUUUGUACCAUUUAUUUUGAUGUACUGGUACUUCAUAAUAAACAUUUUUAACAAAAUAUUUCAAUUCAUUAUAUUUUUACCAGUGAUAUAUUAGCAAUUGCCAGUGUGAAGUUAUCAAAUCGAGUAUUGACCAAUCAGAAUGGUUCUUUCUAUUUACUGCAUUAAUAAUUCUGCUCAGAUGCAGGUGGAGUGACAGUUGAAUAGUGGUUGUUUUGCUACACCUUUGCUACAUAAACCAAUGUACAUAAUUUACUACACAAUCGAUAUUCUUUUUGUCUGCAAGCAUAGCAAAAUACUUGAGGAUAUUUGUCAUCAAACAUUGCAAAAUACUUGAGGGUAUUGUCAUCAAACAUUGCAAAAUACUUCAGGGUAAUAGCAGAACAUUCAAAAUAGCAUGCCUUGUUGUCAAGCAUAAAUAAUGUCAUCAGAAUAAUGGUGCCAAAGAUCGCACUAUUAAUCCCACCUCUUUCUUGAUCUAGUAACAUUUGCAUGUUUCUACUUAAAAAAUGUAUUACAUAGAAACUUAAUGGGGGAUAGAAAUUUAAUCGUUUUCCCAUUGAAUACCAUAAAUACAUUUCACUUGUAUGACAGACUAUACCAAUUUUUUCACUUGUAUUUUGCAUUUAGAUAUAACCUUAUAAAGGUAAUUGUUUGGGAUGAUGCGCAAAAAUUAUAAAAAAAAUGAUAAGAGGUGGCAUUCUGAAGGAAGCCUCGGGAUACAGGAUUUCAGCCAAGAUUUCUCUGUCUGUUAAUUGACUAAAGAAAACUUACUGUUUUAUUGAGUGACAGUAUGCUAACUGUUUAACCAAUAACAGUCACUAAUAUAUUUGGAAGUGACAAGGAAUGGCAUUAAUAUACUGGAGAUGACAAACAGUGUUAUAAAUAACGUGGAAAACCCGUAAGUUUUAUAUCAAAGAUCAUUUAGAAGUAAUUUUAGCGUAUAGGCCAGUCAAACUUCAAAAAAGAAAAUAAAAAAAAGAAAAUUAUCACCUGUGUAUGAGCUUUCUGUUUUUUUGUAUAAAUUAUUAUUUUGAUAAUAUGUUACUUUACAUAUAAGACUUGUUCAUAAGAUACAGGUUGGCUCCAGAUAAGUCGAGGAAUUAUAAAUUAUUCUCACUUCUUACUUUACAAGAAAUUACACCUUGUUGUUUGACAUGAGCAUUUGUGCAAUGGAAGUUAGAAGGCAUGAUAUUAUAGUUUUUAUCAUGGUAACAGACAUUUGUUGGAUAUCAUCUGAUCAUUGUUAGUUUUCCGCUUUUGCAAAGUGGUUGCUAUUUUUUAAGAUCGUCAGUAAUUUUGAUGUUUUGCAAAGUGGUUUCUAUUUUUUAAGAUCACCAGUACUUUUCAUUUUUUGCAAAGUGGUUGCUAUUUUUUAACUAUUAUACCAUUAACCAAAGUCUUUUAAACCUAUUACAUCAACAGUAUUUUUGUAUAUUUUUCUUUAUAUUGAAAUUUGUGAUUUUGUUUUUAAAUAGAGACAACUGAUGAUCACAAAGUCAAGAUUCUAAUUUUGUAAAGAAAUAAUCCCAUACAGUAUAAUGUGUUUUGGGAUGCCUCCAGUUUUAUGCCAUAGGUUACAAUUAUAGUAGUAAAAAUCUGAAGUUUCUGAAUAAUGUCAAUUAUAGCAUUCUCUAUACUCCAGUACUACAGUACUACGCUCACUUUCGAUCUCUGCACCCCUGGAUAUGUCAUAGCAAAAUUGAAGGCACACAGCUAGCUAUUUGAUUGGACUCGGGUAAAGAAACCUGACCAAUUGUUAGGCAGAUACAUAAACCUUUGAAGAUUACAAAGGAGUGACAACCCGCUUAAAAGCCAGUCUACUGUACCGUUACGCGACCGCAAAAUUCUUUUGAUGUUCAUCAAAGGAUCGAACAAGUCUUCUCUUCUCUUUUACAAGGUGGUACACACUGAGCCUUCAAUUUUGCCACGACAUAUUCCAGGGGUGCAGAGAGUGUUAGUAGAGGCAACACUGAACACCUGGGCCCCUCUCAUGUAUAUGCAUUAGCCCUUACAUCUGGCCAUGUGCCCCUAUCAUGUAAAUGUGUUAGCACUUUACACCUAGGCCCCUCUCAUGUAUAUGUGGUAGCCCUUACAGCUGGGCCCCUCUCAUGUAUACGUGGUAGCCCUAACAUCUGGGCCCCUUUCACGUAUUUAUAUAUAUGGCCUCUGUCGUAUAUAAUAAAUUAUGUAUAACUUUAACACCUGGUCCCUUCUGGUAUAUAUGGUUCUUGCUACUGUCACAAAAUCUGUGGCUGAUCUUAGGCUUAUUUGGCCUCAGUUGAAAGCUUGUCAGCCUGUAAUGAGGCAGGGUGGUGCAUCUCUACAGAUCUUGGUGUCCUAUUGGGGUCAUUGUUGGCUCCCCUACACAUAAGGCACUAUAUAUUUUUAAUCUUACAGUUUACUGUUGAUAUUUAAAUUUGUGUCUUAUUGAUAUUUAAAUUUGUUCUAAAGAAGACACAUGUCCAAUAUGUCCAAACUAGUCAACAAUAGAUUACAUGUAAAGCUAUAAACUGUUUUGCAUUGUCAGUCGUCUUUACUAGUUUGUUAGCUUGUAAUUACAACACUUUCAGGAGUAAAUAGAUUCAGAACUCUGAUUUUUUCCAUGGAACUCAAAAUUCUUGUACAAAGCAUGGACUAGAAUUUGUCCAACCCCUAAUUCCAUGUUAACUUUUUAACUGAAUACCUGUAGCUUACUCUGUUUGCCCUAUGAAUAUUUCUUAUUAGUUAUUGCAUAAUUUGCUUUUGAUAUAGAUAUGCAAUGAGAAACAUGUUCAUAAAAGUAGAAUAUUACGUGUAAUAGUUAUGUUGCUGUAUAAAAUGAAAAUAUGUAUACAUGUUAAUACUGGCUAUGGCCAUGUCACUGAUUUGUACUGAAAAAAUAGAAUUAUUUCACAUAGGAGUUUGAGCUCAAUAAAAGAUGAUUUUAGCCUCA